AUGGCAUCAAUCGCGAAAAACGCUCUAUCCAGCUCUGGAUCCGUUAGCCGUACGAUUAAAACUGUUACAAUUAUUGGUGGUGGUCUGAUGGGGAGCGGGAUAGCACAGGUAGCUGCCGAAACAGAACACAAUGUCAUUGUCGUUGAUCAAAAACAAGAGUUUUUAGAUAAAAGUUUGAAUAUUAUACAAACAAGUUUAAAACGAAUUGUUAAGAAAAAAUUUGAUAAAGAUCAACAGAAAGGAGAGCAAUAUUACAGUGAUACACUUAAUCGUAUUAGAACAACGACUGAUGUUGAUGAUGCCGUCUGA